AUGUUUACGUGUGCAAGCUGUGGAGUGCAACAUACUGACGGACCUACAUGCAGCGCCUGCCGACGCCACUAUGACUUUCAGUGCUCUGGAAUUACAGAAUCGGGCUAUCGCAAACUUGGUGACCGGAAAAACACCUGGCGUUGCCUAAAAUGCAAAUCAAGCUCGUCUCCAUCACCAGCUACGUCCUCAUUGCAACAAUCAUCAAGCCAACUGGAUCAGAUGCAAGAACAACUCAAGAGGAUAACUACUCAACUAGUUCCACUGGCAUCACUCGUUGAAGACAUCAAGCAGAUAAAAAAUGAGUUGACUAACGUUAAGGACUCACUGGAACUGGCGCACGAGCUGAUUAACAGCUUCUCAGAUAAGGUCAAAAGCCUGGAUGCGAAAAUUGUGAGCCUUGAGAAAGUUGCAAAUGAGGUUCCUACGUUGCGCUCUGAGGUGAAUAGACUCAACCUUGAGUUACAGGACAGAGACCAGAGAGAUCGAGCCAACAAUAUCGAAAUUAGGGGAAUUCCACAAGGAAAAUCAGAAAACUUAUACGAAAUUGUUCAAAAAAUUGGCAAUUUUAACGACUACGCUAUAAAAAAAGAAGAUAUCAACUAUAUAGCACGUGUCCCAACUAGAGUCCCUAAGAUUGAAAAGCCAAUAAUAGUGUCAUUCUACAGUCGUUACACAAAAGAAAACUACGUAGCAGCGUCGCGUAAGAAGAAACAAAACAAACUGUCAGAUGUAAUGUGUUCGGUGUUUGAGGGUCGUGUAAGAGGUUCAAUUAGAACAUAG